AUGAAGAAGAUGAUUUGGCCGUGUUCUCAAAAGAGCGUUCUGGUGGACUCUCCGCUGUCUCUGUCGGGUGUUAUCUCCCUCUCGCCGUCUCUGUCGGAGCAGCCGGCCUUCCCAGCAUCCUCUGCCGCUCCCGCGCGGAAUAAGGGCAAGAAGAAGAAAGACCCGAACGAGCCGCAGAAGCCCGUGUCUGCUGAUCUGUGGUCUGUGUCCGGUCAGAAGAGCAUUCUGGUGGACUCUCCGCUGUCUCUGUCGGGUGUUAUCUCCCUCUCGCCGUCUCUGUCGGAGCAGCCGGCCUUCCCAGCAUCCUCUGCCGCUCCCGCGCGGAAUAAGGGCAAGAAGAAGAAAGACCCGAACGAGCCGCAGAAGCCCGUGUCUGCGUACGCACUCUUCUUCAGAGACACGCAGGCCGCCAUCAAGGGCCAGAACCCCAGCGCCACCUUCGGAGAAGUGUCCAAGAUCGUGGCCUCCAUGUGGGACAGUCUGGGAGAAGAGCAGAAACAGGUGUACAAGAGGAAGACAGAAGCUGCCAAGAAGGAGUAUCUGAAAGCCCUGGCAGCUUAUGAAGCGAAUCCGCUGUCGCAGCCGACUAUUGAAGUGUUAGACGCUCCGGCGUCUCCUCCGGAACCCGUCACGCCGCCGCGCUCCUCCCGCAUCCCGGUGCACGCGCCCGACAACAACACCAUCACCAACAUCUGCACCUCCAACAUCAUCCUGGACCUGCCGCAGGUGACCACGCGCUCGCGCACCGGCGCGCACAAACCGCAGGCCCCGCCCCCCGCCAACAAGAUCCUCAUCUCCAAGCAGCAGCUGCAGUCGCCGCGGCAACCCCCGCCGCUCCAGCAGAUGCAGAACACGCCCCCUCCCCCGCGCCUGCAGCAGAUGCUGCAUUCCCCGGCUCCGCCCCCUCUGCAGGCCAAACCGCGCGUGAUCGCCACGGCAACGCCGCCGCUGCAGAUCAAGAUCGUCCCGGUCGCUCAGAGCAACGUUAGCGCACCGAUCAUCAUAACGACCGCAGUGUUGCCAGCCGCCGAGGUGCCGCCCCCCGCUGCCAUAGUAACGGAUCUGUCGCCGACGGCAACCGAGGAGGUCGCUGAAGAAGGGAUGGAGGUGGAGCUGAAUGUGUCUCCGGUUCCAGACGCUCCCAGUGUGUGUGUCCGCGCCGGCUGCAACAACACACCCAUAGAGAGCAAAGACUGGGACCGAGAGUACUGCAGCAACGAGUGUGUGGCCACUCACUGCAGGGACGUGUUCAUGGCCUGGUGCGCCAUCAGAGGACAAAACUCAACCACCGUCACAUAGAAACACAUGAACACGGAUGAGUGUGUGUGUGUGUGUGUGUGUGUGUGUGUGGACUCACUUUUCAGCGUGAAUAAGAACAGCAGAAAAACCCAUCAAAGACUCGACGUUGAACUGUUAAAUGCUGCUUCACAUGCACACACUGACAGAGAAAAGCAGCAAAAAAAAAAAAUGUUUAGGAUGGAAAAAAUUAAUAUUUAAACAGAUUUGUAACUAUAUAUGAACGGAUGGAGGCCAUUUUUACCAGGUGUGUUUGUUCACAGCUGAAACACAUUUUAUGCAGGUACAGAAACCCGUGCUUGGGUUAUGGAUUGCAAUCUGAAAUAUUUCACAAUGCAACAACACACAAAAUCCAGCUUUGCUUAAAGCGGCUGUGUUUUUACACCUGCAUAGAGGGUGUUUCUGCCGUUGAGCACGUGUGUGUGUGUGUGUGUGAGUGAGUGUGAGUGUGAGUGUGUGUGUGAGUG